AAAAAAAAAAAGCCACGAACGAGAUACACGUUGGCUAUAAAAUCAGAUCAGUCUAUCAAAGUUUCUCAUUUAUUUGCAACAAAGCAUGAUGAAACGGCUACUAGGCAAGGUGGCUGUGAUUACUGGCGGUGCUAGCGGCAUUGGUGAGAGUACUGCAAGGCUUUUCGCUAGACACGGUGCGAAGGUCGUUAUUGCCGACAUCCAAGAUGACCUUGGCCAUAACCUCUGCAAAGAAAUUGGCUCCGAUGAAUCAAUAUCCUUCGUCCAUUGCGACGUUACACAAGAAUUGGAUGUCCAGACAGCAGUGGACACUGCUGUUGCCAAGCAUGGUAAGCUUGAUAUAAUGUUCAACAAUGCUGGCAUCUCAGGCAACAUGGAUCCAAGAAUCAUGGCAUUGGAUCUUGACGAUUUCCAUAAGGUUUUUGAUGUUAAUGUGUUUGGUGCAUUAUUGGGUGCCAAACAUGCUGCACGGGUUAUGAUUCCUGCAAAGAAAGGCAGCAUUUUAUUCACCGCAAGCACGGCUUCUGUGUCUUCUGGUUUUGUCCCUCAUGCCUACAAAGCCUCGAAGCAUGCCGUGGUAGGACUCACCCAGAACUUAUGCGUCGAAUUGGGGCAAUAUGGAAUCAGAGUCAAUUGCAUCUCUCCAUUUGCAGUGCCUACCCCUUUGAUGAUAAAACAGCUUGGACUGAAGGAUGAGCAGACGGCAAAGGAGGUGGUUUCCGAAUCGGCGAAUUUGAAGGAAGUGAUGUUGGGGGCUGAAGACGUGGCCGAGGCGGCGGUGUACCUCGGAAGUGACGAGUCUAAGUAUGUGAGUGGCCUGAAUCUUGUUGUUGAUGGGGGUUACACCACAACCAAUCCAACUAUUGGACAUGCCCUCAAAAACAUGUUGUCUUGAACCAGUGAUGGUUUUCUUCUUCCCCAGCAAGAGACACCCUUGUUGGUUCCCUUUCCUUAAACUAGUAUUGUUUUUCUUCGGGAAAACCACCUCUCUAUAUUUCGAAUAAAGCGGCAUAUCUCUGACUCUCUCCAAACAACCACUAUGAUGGCAG